AUGGCAGUGAAUACUCCCAAGCUCAUCUCUAUCAGGGCUGAUGGCAGCAUCACGGGCAGGGCUCCAUCUCUCCAACGACCGGAGGAAAAGCAUUGCGCCAACUGCCUCGCCCCCCAUGGCCCAGAGACCCUCCUCGUGGCUUGCCAUAAAUGCCGUGGCAUCCUCUACUGUUCCGAAGAGUGCGCCGUAGAAUAUCUCCCCCGCCACCGGAAGGUAUGCUACAAAUUUAAGAUGACGAAGGGACCCGAUGACGACGCAAAUCAAGUUCGGGGUUUCAUCUUCGUAGCGGGGAAACAAAAGCCAGACAUCAUCUUCGUCGACCCAAACCAGUGGGAGGCCCAUGUGGAGCGGUUGGUCUGCGAUGUCUCUGUGGAACCCCCAGAUUCGCCCGUGGUGACGUUCACAGUCACCACCAACCCCAUCACCGGCCGCCGUCUCCCUUUUGACCUCAAGAUCAUGUUCCGGUCCUGCACCUCACCCUUCAACAUGGCGCUGGUUACCUGCUUCAAUGACAAUUGGGAAAGGCCCUCUCCUCGUUUUCCUUGGACCGGCACCCUUGCCGCUGUUCGUGUAAACUCAGCUACUGGCGUUGCCGAAAGUGUCACCACGGCGGACUUCAAGGACGUCUUGGACUUCUUCGUCUGGUACGCCAAUCAGUUUACCGCAGAGAUUUACUGCUACACGGACAAAUACGACAUGCCUGCUUUGGCCGCGCCUCUCCGUGGUGUAUUAAUCCGCUGCGCUGCAAUGGAACGCUUGCACCCGGACGAUGGCGCCUUUGUUUCUGUCAUGGUCGACCACCUCCACCCAAUCCGUGGCCUUCAUAUCCCCGGUGAAAUCAAGUUGGGAAACAUCACCCCGCUAUCUGAAAGAGUCAAGCAUCCUCUGAGGGCUUACCCCAUCCCAAGCCCUCCGCUAGAGACAAACAAAAGCCGGUGGGAUUAUCUGCCGGGGGAUACGAGCAACGGCCGCGCUUCCGAGUUGAUGCUCGAGGUUCCCGACGACCAGGACCACCUGUCCCACGACGAAAUCAGUAAGGCCAUCCCUAAAGUGGAGGGCGACGUCCUCGUGGUCCGCGAGGACGGCCAGGACCUCGAUAUCGCCGAUGUCGUGGCCAUGUGCCUCGAGGCUCGCAACUGGGCAGCCACCACGAGCCAGGGGCAGAGCGGCAUCAUCAGUGCUUUCAGCUACCAAAAGACCUUAAAUGAGCAACAUACCGCCCCUGUCAGCCUGACCAACCUAUCGGUCACCGGCUUUGCAGCAUUCGGCGAUGAUGAGCUAGAUGCACUCUGCGACCCUUCCCUAGUAGCUACGGUCAAUGAUGUUGCCGACGCUGCACCAGCCGAUGAGGGCAAGCUGAAGGGUCCCGUUCAGAUCAUGGCUCCGGAUCAAACCAUCCCAUCAUUGUGGACGAAAGUCAAGGCCGACGGCGUUGUCACUUUCGAGGGCUUCUCUUUCCCGCCUGCUGCUGCUCCCGCAUCUGGCGAGCUACCAACUUUCCAAGAGAGCAAAAUGGACAUUGAUGAGCCAGAGCCUGCGUGUUCUGAGCAGCCCGAGUACCCUGAACCGCCUCCGCAAACGUAUAACUUCUCGACGGGGCCCAUUGCGGAAGGGGACGUGCCCUUCUCUAAAAUGAAGAUCUAG